AUGUUUAACCUCUUCAUUGCACAGAAGACACAGCUGAAGCCUUCAGAGGUUGAACGACUUGGGAGAAGAUUAAAAUUGAUCCUGUACCGUUUUCUUAUUGUUCCUAUUUACAAUGAAUUGAUGUUGUAUCGCAACUGCCUUUGUUCUGUAGGCGAACAGGGUAAAAUAGGAGUGGUCUUCAACAUUGGCACAGUGGAUAUCUCCAUCAAAGAGGAGAGUACCCCAGUAAAUGACGGCAAAUACCAUGUUGUGCGUUUCACCAGGAAUGGCGGCAAUGCCACACUUCAGGUCGACAACUGGCCAGUGAAUGAACAUUAUCCCUCAGGCAACACUGAUAAUGAACGCUUCCAAAUGGUAAAACAGAAAAUCCCCUUCAAAUAUAACCGGCCUGUAGAAGAGUGGCUGCAGGAAAAAGGCCGGCAGUUAACCAUCUUCAACACUCAGGCGCAAAUAGCCAUUGGAGGAAAAGACAAAGGACGUCUCUUCCAAGGUCAGCUCUCUGGGCUCUAUUAUGAUGGCCUGAAAGUUCUGAACAUGGCAGCUGAGAACAACCCUAAUAUUAAAAUCAAUGGUAGCGUCAGGCUCGUGGGAGAAGUACCAUCUCUCUUGGGGACAACACCUACAACUUCCAUGCCACCAGAAAUGUCUACCACUGUCAUGGAAACCACCACUACAAUGGCAACCACUACUACUCGAAAGAAUCGCUCCACAGCCAGCAUUCAGCCGAGUCUGAGCUUUGAAAUCACUUUUUCAUUAACUUUGGUGGACACGGUGAACCCAGAAUGA